AUGCACGAGGAUGCUUGGAUUAAGACCAUCUCCAACAGACACAGCCACGCGCCCUCCCCUUGCAUCCUCGCCGCUUCGCCACCUCGCCGCUUUCCGCGCCACCACCGCGCCACCAUGCCGCCGCGCCGCCGGGGUUCUUCGGGCUACCACGGCGUCCGCGAGCGCCCCAACGGCCGGUACUCCGCCGAGAUCCGGUCCGGCGACGCCCGGCUCGGCCUCGGGUCGUUCCGGAGCGCGUACGAGGUAGCCCGCGCGUACGACGCGGCGGCGUGGCGCUUGGAUAGGCCCCGGUCGCAGAUGAACUUCCGGGACAUCUUCAAGCGCGAGCAGGCGCAGCGCGUCGCCCCUCCGCCGCGUCUCAUCACCGACAUGGGCCGUGCCGACCACGCUCGAUGCUGCCGCCGCCUCCUCAUCGCCGAGGAGGACAAGCGAGCCAUGGCGGAGUGGCGUCGUCACCACCCGGAGGACGUCGCCGACGAGCGUGCCUACUGGGCGGAGAGGACGGCAAGGCGCCGCGCGGAGCGGGCGGACCGGCGUCGGCGGAAGGUAUUGGCGAGUGCGCAGUGCGAUAUCGUUGAAGCAGGUGGGAGGUCGAUCUUCACGUCAGACGAUGAACGUUGGGACGACAUAUGGCUCGAUACCUCGGACAACACCGACGAGGAUGGUGAUGAUGGUAGCGACUUGGAGUAGUUUCUAUCUAUGUAUGCCGUAGUAGUUUCUAUCUAGUUGCACCGUAGUUCUAUCUAUCU